UGUUAUUUCAUGUCCUGUUUCAACAAGAACUUUAUAACGUUGGACUGUGAUUAACACGUGGAAACUUCAGGUGUGUCGCUGAUGUUGACGGGGAAAAGAUGACGCUCGACCAACAGCAGAAGCCGAGGAGCCAAAAUAAACUCCUGCUUUUGUUUUUCUCAGACGACUCCUCCUGACUUUGAGAUUCACUGGGUGUUUAGACGGGCUGGGUUUGGAUCUGGCCCAAGUCUGGCUCUCUCUCGGCUGACAUGUGUCCACAGUGUGGGUUUCUAUCUUUAUUAUGUCCUUCAAUCAUUUUUAGUAUCGUUUGUUGUUCUGCACUGACUGACAACAGAUUCUGAUUCUGAUUUGUCCGAUCGCUCCGCGUGGUACGUUGGAUGGAUGGAUGUGAGCCAGAUCCAGGUGGCAACAGUUCUGCUAUCUGAUAUGUUUUUGUUUUUCUACACAUGCCAGAACUCGUCAUGUUUCUUACACACUUCUCAGGAAAAGUAUGUUGACACAAUGAGGUGUGAAAGAUUGUUUCCAGCCUGUUUUAUAAUUUGUUUUCGGCCAAAAUUCCUUGUAAAUUGUGACACACUGACAAAGCUCCACCUCUCACCUGACAUCAUCUGAGUCAAACAGGAAAUAGAGUUUGUUUUCGGUUUGUUUCACUCAAAGGACACACGGACACACUGAGAAACAUGAUAGCAUGAAUCUGCAUAAAUGAGGGAAGAGAAGUACGGCGACGCAACACUGGAACACGUCUUUCACUUCAACAUGCUGCUGACUGGGAGGUAAAAACAGUGAAAGUCACUGAGGGAAGUCGUUAAAACAGAGAGAGGAAUCACAGCUGCUUCACUUCCUGGUUUGGUGUUGUAGUUUCUCUCUUCACUCAAAGAGAAAAUGGCUUAUUGUUCAGAGGAGGAUCUGUCCUGUCCCGUCUGCCACGACAUCUUUAAAGAUCCCGUCGUCCUGACGUGCAGCCACAGCUUCUGUAGAGACUGUGUGCAGAGGUGGUGGAGAGAGAAACUGGUAAAUGAGUGUCCGGUUUGUAAGGAGAGACCUAUAACGAGUGAUCCGCCUCGUAACCUGGUGUUAAAGAACCUGUGUGAGAGCGUCGUGCUGAAAAAAGACCGCAGACCUUCAACUGGGUCUGCUGCUCGCUGCAGUCUGCACAGUGAGAAACUCAGACUCUUCUGUCUGGACCAUCAGCAGCCGGUGUGUGUCGUCUGCAGAGACUCAGAAAAACACAACAGCCACAGAUUCAGACCCAUCGAUGAAGCUGCACCGGAUCUUAAAGAAGAGCUGCAGAAGUCCCUGAAGCCCCUGAAAGAGAAACUGAGGGUCUACAGACGAGUUCAAGGAAACUGUGAUCAAACAGCAAAACACAUCAAGUCUCAGGCCCGACACACAGAGAGGCAGAUUAAAGAGCAGUUCAAGAAGCUUCAUCAGUUUCUCCAAGAGGAAGAGGAGGCCAGGAUCUCUGCUCUGAGGGAGGAAGAGAAGCAGAAGAGUAAAGUGAUCAGGAAGAAGAAUGAAGCUCUGAGUAAAGACAUGGAAGCUCUGUCAGACACUAUCAGAACCACAGAGGAGGAGCUGAGAGCUGAAGACAUCUCAUUCCUGCAGAACUACAAGGCUGCAGUGAAGAGAGUCCAGCAGCGCCCCCUGCUGGAGGAUCCACAGCUGGACUCAGGAGCUCUGAUAGACGAGGCCAAACACCUGGGCAACCUGAGCUACAACAUCUGGAACAAGAUGAAGGAGACGGUCUCCUACACUCCUGUGGUUCUGGACCCAAACUCUGCUCAUCCAGAACUCCUCCUGUCUGGCGAUCUGACCAGUGUGAGACGUGCAGAGAAACAGAAGCUUCCUGAAAACCCAGAGAGGUUUGACCAUCAUCGCAGCGUCCUCGGCUCUGAGGGCUUCGACUCAGGGACGCACAGCUGGGACGUCGAGGUUGGAGACAGUACAGACUGGGUCCUGGGUGUGGCAGCAGAAUCGACCCAAAGGAAGGGAGACAUUUGGUCCGGAUUGUGGUUCUUAGAGUUCUCUGAUGGUAAAUAUGCAGCCGCCUCCCCGAUUUAUCCCCACACAGUCCUCCCAGUGAAGAAGAAGCUCCAGAGGAUCCGAGUUGAUCUGGACUGGGACAGAGGAAUUCUGUCGUUCUCUGAUCCAGACACAGACACACACAUACACACCGUCACACACACCUUCACUGACCGGCUGGUUCCGUACAUUAGUAAUAAGAAUAAACACCAACUGAAAAUAUUACCAGUGAACGUCUCUGUGACAACAAAACGAGCCAGUCAGUGAAGAUGAUGUGCCGUGAAAUAUAACCGACCUGUAAAGUGAGAAUACAGAAAAAGUUUUGGGUUAUUAUUGUUUCUAUGAACAGUUAAUUGUAUCGACUGUGUAGCUGAGGUGUUAGACCUCAUAUAUCAAAUACUCACCUCCUUUAUUCUUACAGUGUGACACCUGUAGGAGAGUUCAAUGUUACAGCGAGAUAAUAAUCAUAAUCAGCUUCUCCACUGUUAAAUUCAAUCAUGGGUUUAAGUACAUUUUGAUAUUUUUUUUGUGCUCAUUGUAUUUUUCUUUACAAACUGAGUGGUUAACAUGUUGUGGUUCAGCUGUUAUUCUACAGGUCUUAAAUACGCAGUAAGACAAGUUUUGCCACAUGUGUUACAAUUUUAAUUAAAGCUGCAAUAUGUAAGAAUUUAAAACCAAAACGUUAAAGAUGUUUAAUUUUAUGCUUUACAGGUUUUUGCCUUUCCUUUAUUGUGUCUUUACUUCUGUAACUUAUGUCUGU